CAGGUUUCGGGCGAGGCGGAGUGACAGUUGGCCGGACGCGAGCGCGAGCGCGGCAGCGGCAGCAGCAUCUGCGCGAGGAAGGAUGAAGAGAGAGCUGCUGCUGAGGCGCACUGUCAGCGACAAGAAGCACAGCCCCUCAGACACGAGGAACUAAAUGAGAACCUGACCCAGAAGUGAAGUACCUUUCUUCUUGUGUGAAACUGUCUCGUAAUAUACCAGAUCAAAUUCCAAAGUUCACAUCAGAUAUAAGUUAUGGGUUCAAGCUCCUCAUCAGGAUUGGAUUCCACCUGAUUUUGUCGUCGUCUGUUGAAGAGGACAGAUUUGAUGUGUUUGUUCAAGAAACGGAUUAAUGUCAACAUUUCCAUUGAAAUCUGCAUUCAGCUUUUGACAUGAAGAAAGAUUUAGAGUCGUUAAUUGCAGAAGAACGAGCUGAAAUAAUUUCUAAAUAUAACAAGGGCAGACAUGAUGGGGCAGCAAUUGAUCCUUGGGAAGAUUUCAAUAUAUACAAAGUGGUGGACAGAUUUGGCUUUCUGCAUGAGAAAGAAUUACCCACUCCAAGUGCACUGGAAGAAAAGCAAAAACAUUUGGAGGUUGAGCGAACAGACAAAUGGGUCAAAAUGCUUAAGAAAUGGGAAAAGUACAGAAAUAGCGACAAGAUGAUCCGCAGAAUUUAUAAGGGAAUCCCACUUCAGCUUCGGGGGCAGAUUUGGUCAAUCUUAUUAGAUGUAGAAAAGUUGAAGUCAGAAAACGAGGGGAAAUAUGAGAAAAUGAAAGCACAAGCACAAAUUGUUUCCACAGAAAUCAAACAAAUAGAUCUUGAUGUAAAUCGCACCUUUAGAAACCACAUCAUGUUUCGGGAUCGAUUCGGAGUGAAACAGCAAGCUCUAUUUCAUGUACUUGCCGCCUAUUCAGUAUACAACACGGAGGUGAGCUACUGUCAGGGAAUGAGCCAGAUUGCAGCUAUUCUACUGAUGUAUUUAAAUGAGGAGGAUGCUUUCUGGGCAUUGUCUCAAUUACUGACCAAUAAGAAACAUUCAAUGCAUGGAUUUUUCAUUCCUGGAUUUCCAAAGCUUCAAAGGUUUCAGGCACACCAUGAUCAGAUUUUGAGUCGACUGUUGCCAAAGCUAAAGAAACAUUUGGACAAAGAACAAAUGUCUACAGGAAUAUAUACCACCAAAUGGUUCCUACAGUGUUUCAUAGAAAGAACACCAUUCACGCUCACUCUGCGGUUAUGGGAUAUCUACAUUCUGGAGGGGGAGAGAGUCCUUGCUGCUAUGGCCUACACCAUCCUGAAACUGCACAAAAAGCGUUUGCUGAAAAUGUCUUUAGAACACCUCAGAGAAUUCCUUCAGGAAUUGAUGUCUAAAAACUUUCAGUAUGAAGAUGAUUAUGUUAUUGAGCACCUACAAGAGUCAAUGUCUGAACUAAGAAAAAUAAGGCUUGAACUUCCACCACCAGCUAAACCCGACGAGUUUCCCAAGACACCAUUAGGGCAGGAAAUUUCUUUAUUACAAGUGAUGACCACUGUCAUGGUCAACGGCAAGAAUACAAUGCUCCAAUCUCGUUCAAAUGAUUUGCAGCCUGAUAGAGAGGCAGAAAAAAGCCAAAUCCAGCUUUCUGUUCCUGAGUCUUCGGAAAGUAAUAAGGUCUCUUCCAUGGAGACGUUGCAGGCACAAACAUUGGAAAUGUACAAAGAUCAACCUCCACUGCAGGAUGUAUCUAGACAUCCUAAAGAAGACAAGAUACAGUUAUCAAAAGAAGGUGAAGCUGUUUCUUCAGAAAUGGACCCACUUCAGUUCCCAGCAAAAGGGACAAAGCAGUAUCCAGAAGAGGAAGAUACUUCAUCUCAAAAGUGUAUGGCUCAUAUUGCAGAAAAUGAUCCAAUUCUAUGUUUAGAAAAUAUUGACCUUGUACUUCCAGUAAGCGAAACAGCUGACUUUCCAGAAGAGAAUAUAAUCAAUUAUAUAAGCAUGAGCAAAGCUGAAUUUGCAGAAACAACUGUAAUAUCUGGAACCCAAUCACUACAAACAGAGCCAUUAUGUUCUUCAGAAAUUGAUCAAACUCAGGUGAUUGAAAAUGUAACAGAUUCUCCAGAAAAAUUCAAGGCACCUAUUACAGAGGAGGUAGAUGAACAGUCCCUGGAUCAAGAAUAUAGAAAUAAUGAGCCUUCUCCAAAUAGUUGUCAUGGAGAAGUGGUGGAUUGUGAUGAAAUUGAAAUACAUUUUCCAGAUCCUCCAGAGAUGUUAUGUGAUGAAAUGCAUUUGUUAAACCCAAGAGUGUUGGAAACAUCGGAUAUUUAUCCAGAUCUGAAAGACCCUCAACUAGGGGAACCACAUCCCCCUAUUAAUCAAUCACAACCUACGAUAGUUCAGUUUUCAUCCUCUGGAGAAGAGAAUCCAUCCCUUGGAGGUUUGCCAGAAGGAAUUUCAAUGUACAUGGAUAGCAAAGGCACAAAAACUGUGGCAGAGCAUCAUAAUGAAAGACGGGCCUCAAAUGUUUCUGAAUAUGACAAUUUGUCAGAUACAGAAUAUAAAUAUGAUCAGAUUAUUUCAGAACCAAUAAAUGAAAUUAAAAUUAUUGAAGUAACAGAUGAAAACGAUGCACUGCCUCAGAAGGAGCAUGUUUUAACAGAGGCAGAGAACACUUCUGUCAGCACACCUAAUCUUUUUAUGUCUUUAGAAUUGUCAGAUAAACCACAGCUUACCAAACAUGCUUCAUUUACACAUAAACAGUCCUGGGAUGUUUGCACUCCUGUACACCAUAUAAUGCCUUCUCACCAGAGUCUUUCCAGAUCUUCACCAGCUGGGCUUGAGUUGGACCCCAUCAGAAAUUUAAAUUCUCAGAAUCCUGCACAUUUGCUUCCCAUCACACAGACUUCUCCAGUCAGGCAAUGUUUAAAUAGCUCCUGUAAAAUAGUCAAGUCUAUAACUCCAGUUCACUUGGCAUGUGCAGCUCAGCAAAACUUUCUAAACUUCAAGCAUAUAGCACUGACUUUAGAGGAUGAUGAUCCACAUUUACUUGCAACGUAUGAUGAAAAAGGGAUUUGUGCAAUUCAAGAGAAUGCUGCAAGUGGAUUCACUGUUUCAGUUCCUAAAGUAUUGUUGGAUAAGGAUGUAAGCCCAAUCAAAAUACCAACAUACAGUGCAGAACAUCCUACUCCUAGUACACAAAUGCAUCAAGAAAGUCUGAGAGCUGAAUCCACAGAGUUGAGUGCAGAGACCUGUUUACCACCAUGCGCAGAGAUCCAGGAUUCUGAAUCUAUUAUGUUAUGAUAGCAGCCAGGCAGAGUUAAAUGCAACAUACAUCUACGACUGCAACAUACAUCUACAAGAUUUACCAAUGAUCUCAGUUCCAUAAUACCAUGUAAGCAUUUAUACCAUAAUAGUUAAUGCAUAUAUUUUUAAAUUAUUCAAAUAUUUUUAUGAUUAUGGUUUAUUAAGAACUGCAUGGAUAUUUUAUCCAUGCACCUUGUAUUAUUGCAUAUAAUUGGUAUAACGCGGCUAUAAAUUAUUUUAGUUUACGUUACUCUGCACUCAGAAAACAUGAAGGCAUUGUACAUCAAAUACUUUUGAUUAUUUUUUCCAUUAAUAUCUCUCAGCAAAAUAUCUAAUUUGUUGGCAGAGUGCUUUGUGGAUGCUAAACUGGUAUGCAACCACGAUCAAAUUUUGUGAGAAAUUUAAAUAGGUGUGAGCAGGCUCACAGUAUUCCGUGUAUUGCAGCAGCAGAAUUUGCAGGCUUGUAAGAAACAAUUUUUACAUUUUCUUAAACCGAUUCAGUUUUCAUUGGAUUUCUAAGGAGUUGUUUUUACCUAAACUUGACAGAGUAGUAGACAGCUGUGUGACUCAUAAACAGAUAAUAAUUUGGUUGAAAAAUUGUAACAUUUAUAUGCAGCUAAAAAAAGGAGUAAAUAUAUACAAAUUUAUUUUCUAACAAAAGUAGCAGAAUUUUACAUUCUUUACAACAACUGUUCAGUGGAUAGUUAAACGUUUUUUGACAUGACUUACUUUCUAUGCUUUUUAAGGAUGGUGAAAAUGUUUUAAGUUAAGUUAUUCUAAUGUGAUGCCCAAGGACCAGAGGUGUAGCUGUUGAUGUUUACUAUAAAUCUUGGGGAAACAUUUGAUAAUUUUGUGCUGAAACUACCUGUAAUUACUGAGGAAAAUAAUUGAAUUGUCCCUGUCUCACUUCUAACUAUUCUUUGUAAACUUAACGGUCACUGUCAAGAAUAGUAUGUGGUCAACUCAGGAAUAUGACAUUCUUUCUUGGUAACCAAUGGGAGACUUUUUUUGGUGAUCGAUGGGAGACUUAUUAUUUUUAGUGAACAGAUGAGGACAUUUGUAGCGGUGCUCUGAUCACAUAAAAUGCUUGGAAGUAAAUAAUAGAUGUUUUAGUAGAAGAAAAUAUUAACCAAUGGGGAAAAAAAACCCUGAAUGAAUAUAUUUAACUGAUGUGUGAUGUACAUAGUUUUUUUUUGUAAAACCGGUUCUUAAUUUUGCACUUUUUGUAAGCCUGUUACAGAUGGGCAAGUUGCUUUUUUUCUUAAAAAGCUAUAAAGGCUUCCAUGUAGAUUGAUAACAGAAAAAUGUUUUUACUCUACUUGUUAGAAUUUUGUAAAUUUACUUUUUCGGGGGAUUGGUGUUGCCCAUGUCUCUUUAUUUGAAUAUUUGUAAACCAGAUUUAAUAAUUUGAAAUAAUGUAUAAACAUUUAGUGUCAUGCUUGAUGUUGUUUCUGAACACCAACAACAUUGGAAACAAAGCUUUAAAAAGAUUUUGAUGUGUUGCCUUGUAACUUAAAUUCUCAACAAUUAAAAGAUUAUGUUUUCUCCUUUUUGU